GCCCUUCGGCUGCAUAAAGGCUCCAACAGCUGCGGCAGCUGUAUCUAGAGGACGCGGGGAAGCAUCUCAACAGGCACAUUCCUCCCAAGGAUACAGGCCCCGAGCCCGCCAGAUAUUGCCCGCUGCAGCCCAAUCAAUCAGCCAGCCCCUUCAAGAUGGCCAGCAAGAGCUUCCAGGACCUAAAGAAACAGGCAGAGGGCACUGCCCAGGAGGCAGCAAAUGCUGCAUCAGAAGCUGCCCAGAAGGUUGUGAACCAGGCUGCAGAAGCCGGACAGAAAGCUGCGGAGCACUUGGUCAAGUCAACCCAGGAAGGCGUCGACAAGACAACAGGUCAGGCUGCAGAAGCCAUCUCAAGCUUCGGGAAGAAAUACGGGUUCCAAAAGUGAUUGCCUAUGGAAAAAAGAAAAGGAGUGACCCCUUUCUUUCCUCAGUCCCCAAACCCCAAUCCCCACCUCUUCUCCAUCAUGGUCUCCGUUUAGAAAUGCCCCAUGGGGCUCGAUCUCUUAUUAAAAUGAAUUCCUCUCACGUGGAGGGAGAGGAAC